AUGAUUCCGUACAUGAUCAUGAACUUCGUGAACUUAUUUUCGGAGAGCGGCUGGAAUAUGCUUAUCCGGACAGCACAGUUCCACAGGAACCGGCAAAGCGAUCAAGCACAAGCACAGUUUGAUGGAAAAUAUGAGUUUCCUGAGAAUGUGCUUUUCCGAGUGAAACGCGGGGGACAUGAGUGGAUGGACGAUAUGCCUUGGACUGAUAACACGGAGGAAUUCAAGGUCUGCGGAGCAACAGUGAGGUUUGUGCAUUUGAAGCCUGCUAUUGAUGGGGGUUCGGGAGAGGUCAAAAAGAGUAUUCUCUUUCUGCACGGGAAUCCGACCUGGAGUCAAAUCUGGAGAAGGAUCCUUCCGUCGCUGGUUAGGCAGGGCCACGAAGUUUACGCUCUGGACUGGCUGGGCCACGGGAGGAGCGAUAAAAUUAUGCAGAGAAGUGCAAUCAGCUUUGAGCUGCAUAUGCGCACUUUGAUGGCUUUCUUUGAACAUACCGGACUCAAGAACGCCAUUGUGGUUGCCCAUGAUUGGGGUGGCUGCAUUGCAUUGUGCACAAUCCCCUACAUGAGCGCAUCGACAUGCGAUGGUAUUUUGCUCCUUGAUUCGUUCUUCCCACUGUUUCUCGAAGAAGUCGGCGUCUCGACAUUGCUACUCAGUCUUCUCUGGAUUUUCUCAACAGGGACAAUAGAUAAGCAUCUAUCCGGGUUAACAAUAACAAGGAUUACAUCCCCGCACGAGUCUUUGCUAGACGUUCAGGGGUGCAACGCGCCAUAUUGGGCUCUUCCCCCAGGCACAAAAUCCAGCGUGUAUGCUUUCUCGCGCCUAUCCCCAUUAACUCCACGCUAUUCGUUCAAAUUUAUACGUGAGACUGGACUCUGGAAUCUAUUAGUGGGGUUUCUUGGGCCUGAUAAUUUCAACGAUCUGAUGGCCCAGGUUCGCAUGACAACCAAGAGCGAAGAAGGAAGACUUUUCUGGAAAGGCAGGAGGCCAGACAAGCUGAAUCAGGGCACAGAAGGGGGGUUCAAGGUUGCAGUUGUCUUCGGAGGAAAAGAUCCUACGUCGAGCGACUGCGGGAGCGUUCUCACUAGUACAAUCAACAAGACCUAUAUGGUCGAUUGGGCUCCCGAUGGGUGGUGCAUUAAAGGAUCAGGGCGCUAUCCCAUGGAGGAUAUGCCGGAAGAGACCAUCCAUUUGAUACAGAGAUUUGCUGCUGGUUGA